AGCUCGGUGCAGAACGUUGCUCUUAACAGAAACGGUUUCGGAUGUAACGAACGUACUUAGUUAGUUAGUUGGUGUAGGGGCUGAGCGUUGUGCAGCUAUUAAAAGCAAAUUCCUUUUGGUCCAGCGGAACCGCGCUUACAAGUAUCGUAAUCAAUUUUUAAUCAGGCUGUCGAUAGGAAUUUCUCGCAGAAUCGGCCCAAAUAUUUGGAAAAUAAUCAACGAAAUUGAAACUUAAAAGGCUCACUGUAAUUAUCAUGAAAUAUUAAUGUGAGAUGAAUAUUUCAGCAGCAUCGAAUGAAUAUUUCAAACUUUCCAAAACGAUUGCGAAUAAAACCAAGGAAAAAUGUGAGCUUUUAUCGAGCCAUUUCGUCGCCAUCGUCUGGUUUCGUUUUCUCCGCAGGCCAACCAACCAAACUUUACAGUGCGAGUGGGAAAGUCUCGAAAGAAGUGUUUAUUUUAAAGAGUAAUGUUACCGCUUGGGGAUUUCGCCACGAUGUAACUCUUGCCCUGUUCUCCCCAGCAGCAGCAGCAGGAUAGGCCAGGACGUAAGUGGCAGAGCGGGAAAGCAAGUGGACCGUAAGAAAUGUGUUUAUAAAAGUCGGAUAACCUGCCACUUCCGUUUGUUUCCCCACCCGCUGUUUGUUCGUGCGACCACCGGCAAAGCCUUCGAGUUCAACGAGAAGCAAAGAAAGGAGCCCCGCGUCAUUUGCCUGUCGACUUGAUUCCUUCGGUCCGUCCAUUUUUUCCUGGAAGAGAGAAAAAUAUUGCUUACCAACCAGCCUGCCUAACGAGAUGCUGUGCCGCAGGAUGCGAUUGACCGAGCGCCACAUCCAGCCGCCCCGUGAACCCAACGAAGGGCCAAUCAUUCGUCCUUGCACCGCGCGAAAAUUAGAAGGGAGCGACAGGGACAGGGAUUCUUCACUUUUCUCGGCCGGACAUCAUGGGAGAAAACCGACUGAACCCGCAAAGACUCCACUGGUGAUUGUCAAUCUGAAUAUUCCGCCCGGGAUACCGACACUGGCACCUAGGAGUGCGAAGAGUCCCCGCAAAUUACCACCCUUUUGCACUCAGCAUCUGGCAAAGACAAACGGUCAAAGUCAAUCUUUCACGACUCCUGAGGAGGCAUCUGCGUACGCUAACAGAACCAUUCCUCAAAUCUUCAUCCAAGGAUAUGAAAUUCACGACAAGAAAAACUCACCACCGGAACCAGCCGAGCUCCAGGAUCAGGAGUGUGAGAUUCGACCCAUCACCGAGAAUGAGGAAGACAGCUUUGCAAAUAUUCUACUGGACAACAUUUCAAAUAUAUCACUGGAUAUGAUCAAUCGACACCAGCAAAGACUUUUGGGCACGUCCAAUACCAUCAAAACCACCAGUAGAGCUUGUGGAACGUCCAGUUGUGAAAUGUUCUUGAAUCUGGACUCUUACGAAAUGGACGACUACGGCCAGUUACCAGAACGUAUAGACUCUCGGGAAGAUUCGCCUCCCAUCCCUCCGGGAUACAGAUCGUUGUGUUAUCGAACACCUAGCCCCAACACCCGGCAAAUUAUUCGAGUAAACGUUACCAUGAACAGAGAUAGGAAAAUCAAUUAUUAAAGUACUUCAUUUCACGUUGCAUCCAGUAUUAUCGAUAUAGUAAAACGCCUGCAGUAGCAUUGUUCAAAUGUUUAAAACAAUCAAUAAUUACAUUUGUCAAUAAAAUGUGCUGUUUACCUAUUGAAAAAUGCUUUAAUGUUCAUUUGGUCCCGGAAACGAAAACUUUAUUUACAAGGUUCGUUAAACUUUCACUGGUAUAUGAAAAAUUUCUUCCGAUAGUUUAUAAAUCGUAGUAUAAUUUACAUAUUUGAGGAGCAUAAUUUCAUGAUCGGCUAAGCACAUUUAAUAACAGUCCAAUGCAUGAUAUAUAGGCAAAUGAUACCAAUCAGUUCAGAAAACUGGGCGUUUUUAUGGCCCUUAAUUAUAUAUACAUAUAUAUAUAUAUAGAAAAUGCAGCCAAAAUAUCUCUAUAGAAAACCAAAACUGAAGAAGUGAAAAAUGAUCGAGCAGGGCACACGAGAGCAUUUUUUUCUAGUUGAUGUGCCUCAAACUGGGAUGUGACUAAUAAUACGAUUACUAUUCAACUUUGACUUAUUAAAUUUAAUUUAAGAGUGCGCUCAAAUUUAUACUUAGCAGUAUCGCAACAAUUUUUAGUAGUAAAAUCGAAAUAACAGUGCAAGUGUUGAAUCCCCGAAACUGCUCUGAAGAGAAUCCCUGCUGUUAGCAGGACAACUGGCGCCAACGAUCUCAACCGGGACGGCUUUAAUUCUACCGCCAGACAGUUUUUCACCUCGCUUGCGAUCAUCCAUUGGGAGGGGAUAGACAAAACGAAAGAAACUGAAGCAACCCAACAGCGUGUCUGGUGUUUCUUAUAGCAUUAUCAUCA